CACCAGGGGGAGCAAUCUAGCGGACAGGACUGGUUUGUGAAAUCCUAUAUAGUGGCUCUGCUCCACAGUCUCGUGAUUGGUCAAAAACCCCACAUGGUCUGGGUAGUAACCAAUAAUGUUUUAGAUGAUCGGGGCUGUUGCUAAGGCACGUCGGAGACUUUAAAAAUCUCUUCUCAGUCUGCUUCGUCCAUUUCUCUCGCAAACUCCCGGUGGCUCCUUAUUAGCUGGGACUCUCUUGUUCACCUCUGACUGUGUAUGUAGUCCACAACUCUGCCUGACUGGAAGAGUGAGUGGUUUUUUUUUUUAUUUUAAGUCACAGAGAAUAGCCCACCCUGUCCAAAGUGGAAAGGUCUGUAAAACCCCACCUCCACUGGUUAUCCUGUCACUUGACAUUUGAGCUCAGCCAACACCCACAGCUCGUCUGUCACCAGUUUUACGAAGAUUAUUUCCUAGUUCAACCGUUAGGAUUAACUGGUGUGUCGGACUCCAUUAGGUCCACUGAGGCGAUAACGACUCUGAAACCCUGGUGUCUAAAAUAUAAUUACAACUCGAAUUCGUUCUGUUGUGGAGGCAUUUAAAUAAAAUACUGCACUGGCAGUUACACACACGGGCAGACGCUAAUGUGGAGAAGAAGAAAAAACCAAAAAGCAGAAAUGUCUGCUAUUUCUCACUACUCCUUCCUUCACCGCAAUUGUCAGAGACUAGCCAUUUUCGCCCUCUCAUUGGCUCACGCCUUGUGAUUGGCAGUUUUUUCCGCCCGCCCCCAAUGGUAACCGCACAUGGAUCAGCCUGCUUUGGGAGCUCGAGCAUCAGAGAGUGUAGUGUGGAAAGGGAAGAGGAAGAGAAGGAGAGGGGAAGAAAGGAGAGGAUCGGGUGAGGAGUGAAAGGGAGGAAAAGGGGAGCGAGGGGAAAGGCUAAGUGAAGACAAAAACAAGAGAGCAGAAGAUGAAUGUGUCUGGUUAAUGGGAUCUGAUGCACAACUCUUUCUACUGCGGACUGAAAUCAUCCAAUUUGGAAGCCGGAGCGUUUUUCCCUAUUUCCCCCCAGCUCUUAUUCCAAGGGUACAUUUGAUCUCUGGUGUGAAGUGGAGGCCUCCCAAACACAGACCAAGUCUGGCUGCAUGUAUCACCCAGCAGAGCUGAACUCUGGCCGGAACACGUGGGACUCCUAUCCAGCUGGAGGACCUAAGAGAAGACAAUGGGCUCCUGUAAACAGUCGCCCCUGGAGCCAAACAAACAGGGGGGAGAGGACAGUUAACCAUGUAGAGGAAAAAGAUAUCUAUCGGGGAAACAGAGCCCAUCACCACCAAUGGGAUGAAAAAAAGCAGGGGAUCGAGGCCCACAACUGGCAUCACAACUCCACCCACUCCUUCUAUAGGCGGCCUCCCUCCAACAGUGGCUAUGUCAAUGGACUCGGAGUCAGAUACUCUGCCUGGAACAACUGUGCCAGCAACUCUGUGCACAGGGAUCCUCAUCUUCAUCGCAGCAACUCCAGAGAACCUCAGUCCUCACUAGAGAGAUGGGCUCCUUCAGACUGUGGCAGGAACUUCUCAGGCAGAAUGAUGAUAAACCACAGGCCGGAAACCUGGAAGCGUCCUGCUGUUCGCCACAGACAAGACCAGUUACAUCACCACCGUCCAGCUCCGCAGCACCCUUUUUCCCCAAGGGAAGAUUGUCCUGCUAAACGGAGGAGGGACUCUGGCCUUCAUCAAUCAUCUCACACUGGAUCACAUCAUCUACCUUUACCUGCCUCGUCGCCACCUCUUCAUCACCACCGCCACCAAGGAGACUGGAGGCCUCCUAAUGACAGAGAAGGUCCUUACUACGGCUCUGACCACGCGACGCCAACACGCCUACAUCAGCAGGGUUGUGGGAGCAGACCGCCACAUCAUGGAAGCAGAGGAAGGGACGAGCAGAAAAUUCUGUCUUCACCAGCAGCAGACCACACCCCUGUGCCUUACAGCCACCAAAACCAUCACAGCCACUAUCCACGGCACACAGUUCAACCCAGACCCCCUCAGCACAACCACCUGCUGCAUCCUCUGGAGGACACGGACCCAAGGGGCUAUUACCAGAAACAAAGCACAGAACCGCAACCUACUCAUCAAAGGAGCAUUUCAAGAAACUUGGCUUCCAGUCAUUCAUCUGGUGCAGCAGCUUCUCCUUUAUCAUCUCCCCGUUGCAGUUCUAAAGACGGAGCUUCAGCAGCCAGCAGUCCACGACCCCCAAGUCCUUCCACAUACUCUACUGGAAGAAAGGAUCGCGACAACACUUGUCAGAGUAGUCCUGGCCUCAGUGGACAGCAUAAACUCCAGGGCAGCCCUACUCACAGCGCGAGGUCAACCCUUACACCCUCCAAAACUCACACAAAAUCCAGGUUUUCAGACGUCAAACACAGAAAGACUUCCGAGUCUCUCUGCUCCCAACAGUUGCCCCACAGCAGAUUAAAAGCAAGUAAACCCGACAAGGAAAAAGCUCACUGCAAACAGAAAGAAAAGCAAAGGAAAAAGGAGAGGAGGGGAGAUAUUCAAAAGACACGAGGAACUGACAGAGAGAGAAAAAGACAGAAGAAAAAAGAGGAGAAAAUGCUAGCUCUCCAGAAAAGAAAAAAAGAAGAAACGUCAGGUGUUACAACUAAAAGGAAGGAUUUGAAAAUACCCCACUGUGCUUCCAGCUCCUUAGAAGAAGGCAAAAUGAAGAAGAGGCUUUUGACGAGGGACAGUCAAGGCCAGUUGUUGCACAAACACAAGCACAGGCGAAGGAGUGAGAUGGCGAAGAGGAGGCACAGAGCAUCGACGGUGACUUCCUUUUCCAGCUGCAAUUCACCUCAGAGCCACAAAAAGUCUAAAAAAAUCAAGAAUCCCAAUGGCAAGAGUCAACUAAGAAAAUCCACCACUGAGAGUCAGAACUCCGCUUCAUCCAAAUCUGACGACAAUCUAAAAGAUCAUCCCGGAGAUUCACUCUUAUUUCCUUUAGAAUCAGUCGGCGAAGUGUCAGCCGAGCAGCACGCAGAAGGCAAACACGAUUGGCACAGAGGCGUUCUCAACGCCCCGGAUCUUCAGCCUGUGGCUGUGAUAGGAAACCUGAGAGAACCAGAAGACAAUCCUGCAAACACACCUCCUGUUCUGAGCUGGCAGGGUUCUCCUGUGUCAGUUUUGGAGGAAGAUGAGGAUGAAUUGGAAAAAGGAGUGAUAAGUAGACCUGUCCUCCAGCCUAGCCCCACACAGUGUUUUUCUCCUCUUUCCGUUGACAGCGAUGAUUUGGAAAAACAGACGAGGGAAACUGAACAGGUCGACGACCACGACAGCUCUGAAUUGUAUCAGCCUCCUUGUAGGACCCGAUGUGUCAACGAGACAGAAACAGAAGGAGACGUUGAGAGCAACGGGAGAUGUACGGCGCCUAUACUCGGUAAUCUUCGUCAUCACAAAGCAGGGUUAGAGGAGGUCUUCAAAAGCCUGGCCACUUUCCUCGGAGGUCAGAGGACCUCAGGUCGCGGUGGUCCUUUUGGCGGACCCCCUGAGUGUGCUGCCAACGGUGUGAAGUACUCCUCUUCUCUUGCGAUUUCUCCGGAUAUCCACUGUAACGAGCCUCAUACCGUGACCUCCGAACUGGAUUCCACUUCAUUCCCCAAAUCCACGACUCAGUCCCCAUCUUCUAGUAUCUCUGACUCUUUUUCAAAAUCCCACAUUUCAGCAGAGCUGGGUGACCCCAUCAUAGAACACCCAACGCAGGGGAAACGUGAAGAAAAUGAGGAUGUUGGGGUAAAACGAGGAGGUGAGGAAACGGAGCGUUUCCCCGAGAGAACACCAUCAUCUCUUUUGGAUGGAUCACUGAGCGCCGAGGUAACACUGACGACCACCGAAUCAGCCCGAAUCACCAGCUUCCUCACAGCUUCUCCCGAGGAAGAGAAGAAACGCGGCAAAGAGACGAGUCGUGCAGGUGCAAAUAGAAAAAGAAAAAGUAAGAACGGAGAUGGAGAAAGAAUGGGUGAGAUUAAGAUUAAGAUAAAAACGGAGGAGAGCGAUGUCCGUCCAUCCAAGGUGGACAACGUGAAGGAUUCGGAUAAAGGAGGCGUUUCAUUUACGGAGCCAGUCGUCUCGGAAAGCUCACCCCGACUUUUGAAAGCCGUCGCGAAGGGCCACGUUUCUCAGGAAAAUCAAACCUCGCACGGCAAGAACGUCAAGCGUGAAAAUGAAGGAGCGCUGAAAACCAAGGUCAAGGUUGUGGCGGUCAAAGAGGAAGACGAUGCCGAGUUGGAAAGUGUUUUUUCGGCUGCUGCGAGAACAGACACAAGGACUUCAAACUUGGCGUCGACAGUAACAAUCAGCACAUCCAAAUUGUGUGUCUCGUCACCAGCAGGUUCUCAGCAGAGCUCGUUAUCAGCCGUCGACCCGCUGAAACUCAAAGCACUGUCUAUAGGCUUGUUCAAGGAACUGAAGAUCCUCCUGAUCAAGGUGGACAGCGCUGGGAGACAAACGUUCAACAUAUCAGAGGUGGAGGGGAAAACAGUCCCGCUUUCUGAGAUCAACAUCAACAACACGGCAGCUGAAGUGAUCCGAGCUUGCAAAGGUGCAAAAGUAAAUGGGAAAUUCAAGGAGUCCUACCUGCUCCCCACUUUAUCUGUUAAACCCAACAACGCCAUGAAAACCUGCAUUCCUCGUGACAAGCUGAACCCACCAACCCCCAGUAUCUAUUUGGAGAGCAAGAGGGAUGCAUUCUCUCCAGUUCUGCUACAGUUCUGCACCGAUCCAAAAAACGCUGUAACUGUUAUCAGAGGACUUGCUGGCUCUCUCCGUCUCAAUCUAGGCUUGUUCUCCACCAAAUCCCUGGUGGAGGCAAAUGCAGAACAUGCAGUGGAAGUGCGAACACAGGUUCAGCAACCUGCUGAUGAAAACUGGAAUCUCAAUGGUUCAACACAGACGUGGCUUUGUGAAAGCAGUCGCUCCCACACCACCAUUGCCAAAUAUGCCCAGUACCAAGCGUCCAGCUUCCAGGAAAGCCUGCAGGAGGAGAAAGAGAGUGAGGAUGAAGAAGAAGAAAAUGAAGAGCAAACCAAAACCCCUGAUCCUUCAGCGCCCUCUAAAGAUGUCCUGAUGUUACCCAACAGUGAAGACCCCACAGCUUGUCCCAUGGGAACACCCAGCUCUGAUCAAAAAGCCGGAAAGAUCAUUAAAUUCGGAACUAACAUUGAUCUCUCUGAUCCAAAAAGGUGGAAACCCCAGCUGCAGGAACUACUCAAGCUACCAGCUUUCAUGCGAGUGGAAUCUGGCAACAAUAUGCUGAGUCUAGUCGGUCACACCAUCCUAGGCAUGAACUCUGUCCAGCUCUACAUGAAGGUUCCAGGCAGCCGUACUCCAGGCCACCAAGAGAACAACAAUUUCUGCUCUGUCAACAUUAACAUCGGACCUGGUGACUGUGAGUGGUUUGCUGUCCAUGAGCAUUACUGGAAGGACAUCAACAGAUUCUGUGAGAAACAUAGGGUCGACUACCUAACGGGAUCCUGGUGGCCGGUCUUGGAAGACCUCUACAGCGCCAACAUUCCAGUGUACCGCUUCAUCCAGAGGCCAGGCGAUUUAGUGUGGAUCAAUGCAGGGACCGUGCACUGGGUUCAGGCAGUAGGCUGGUGCAACAACAUUGCCUGGAAUGUGGGACCAAUCAAUGCAUACCAAUAUCAACUCGCACUGGAGCGUUUCGAGUGGAACGAGGUGAAGAAGGUGAAAUCGAUUGUUCCCAUGAUACACGUUACCUGGAAUGUGGCUCGCACCAUCAAGAUCACAGAUCAAGAUACUUUCAAAAUGAUCAAACACUGUCUGAUGCAGUCCAUGAAGCACAUCCAGAUUCUGAGAAACCAGCUGGUAGCUGCGGGGAAGAAGAUCUGCUACCAGAGCCGUGUGAAGGACGAGCCAGCCUACUACUGUAACGAGUGUGACGUAGAGGUUUUUGACAUGCUGUUUGUAACCAGUGAAAACAGCAGCAAGAAGACGUACGUGGUGCACUGUGAGGACUGUGCCCGAGCCAAGAGCCAGUCUCUGUCAGGAGUGGUGGUGCUGGAACAGUAUCGGAUAGAGGAGCUGAUGAGAACAUACGACACCUUCAGUCUGGCUCCCUCGUCCUUGUCAAAGUAAGGACUCCUCCCUGGUUUAUAUCAGCACUUACCAAAACUCGAGAUGGCAGCACAAAUGUUGCCUCCGCGGCAAACACUCUCUAAAUCAGCCAAUCACAUCAACACAGUAUUGUUUACAUCACACAACAAGGUAUGGAAACUCAGCCAAUCCAACUCCAGCUUACUCUACUGUCUUCCCCCUUACCAGCUGCUCUUUGGACGUGUGUUUUUUUUUUUUUUGUUGUUGUUGUUUUUUUUAAAAGAAUGACUAGACUGGUACUUCUCGUGUAAAGCAUUUCCGAUGUGAACAAAUACAAAA